CUCGCGCUGUCCGAGCUCCAGCACACGGUGUUGUCACGGGAUAAUUAACUACCUUCUGGUACGCUGCAGAACAGAAACCGCGAUUUAACGAUACUGACGCUGCUGUUUAAGCCUUGUGUUUCAAGAAUCCCAAGUCAGUCGGUGAAGACCAGAGGUUGCACACCACAAGCCCAGCGCUGCCAUGCUGAAGGACUGACGGGUCCAACACAGUCUCAUUACUGCCCUGAGAGUGGACCUUGGAGGAAAGGACCACCAAAGGACCCCCAAGGGGCCACAACUGGCUCCUACGGCCCAGAGUUUUAGACCGCAACACCCAUUCUUGUCCAUCCAUACACGGGGAGAUCCAAACAGUGGGUCUGUUGACGAUUACUCGUCCGUAUUCUCUUUUCAGUUCGCCCUCGCCCGGUGGUCAUCUCUCUUUCCACUUGGAUCUCUCCGUUCCUUCAGUUGUGUGGAGAGAGGACACGUGAGGGUCUGUACUGCCAUCUGGGGCCAUAGACAGAGUGGAUAACAAAGGGAGCAAGACCAGCAAAGGCAGUUUUUCGACAAAACCAAGACUUAGUCACCAAGGGAACCAGUUGCGGGUGCCAUGACUUGUUGCUGGAGCGACCGUUAUCGUAACCCUUUGACAAAGAACACCUAAAAUGGGGACUACAUUACCAGCCACCAUGCGGCAAGCCCAGCUCUAAUUUGCCUAGGCAACAACAUUUUCGUGACCUACAACUUUUCUGUCACUACUUCCUGCUCUGGCCACACCCCUUCUUUUCCUGUCACCUGACCCGGAUUUCAAAUAUUCUUACUUCCUGUUCCUGAUAUUCCUCCCCUCCCUUUACAUUCUUACUAAGUAUUUCCUAUCCUCCUAAGACAUGACCAGCAGGUUUCUCCACCUCCCCUCUGCGUCCCUCUCCAUAUCCCUCUCUCCCACCAUUUUUCUGUUUUUCCUCCUUCCCCUACUUCUCCUUCUCCAGCUCCCUGGGUUGAUCCGGGGGGACUGCUGGCUGAUCGAAGGGGAUAAGGGCUAUGUGUGGCUGGCUAUCUGCAGUCAGAACCAGCCCCCGUACGAGACCAUCCCCCAGCAUAUCAAUAACACGGUUCAUGACCUGAGGCUGAACGAGAACAAGCUUAAAGCGGUGCUAUUCCAGUCCAUGUACCGCUUCACUAAUCUCACAGACCUCAACCUCACCAAGAACGAGAUCUCCUAUAUAGAGGACGGGGCCUUUGCCCACCAAUCAAACCUACAGGUCCUCCAGUUGGGCUACAACAAGCUGACCAACUUGACAGAGGGAAUGAUGCGUGGUUUGGGCCGUCUGCAGUUGCUCUUCCUCCAGCACAACCUCCUUGAGGUCAUCGACAACAAAGCCUUUGAGGAGUCCGCCCCCAGCCUCAGCAGCAUUGACCUCUCGUCCAAUAAACUGGCCCGAAUCGACCCGUCGACGUUCACCGUCAUCAACCGACUGAUGGUCUGCGAGUUGGCGGGGAACCCGUUCCACUGCGGCUGUGAUCUGUACAGUUUCCUUACCUGGCUGGAGGAGUUUAAUAACGUGACGCACACCUACGACCGGCUCCAGUGUGAGACCCCUCGUGAAAUGUCCCUUUUCCCGCUCCUGAGCCCCAUGGCUGGACAUGGCCGGAACGCUCGUAGCAUGCUGUCCUCUAAGUGCCGGGAUGGCAUGAUCAUACCCGGCAUCACAACUCAACCUGGCAUUGACUGGGACGGCUCCGGGAUGGGCCUGGACAUCGACAGCCGGUCCGGGCCGUAUCACCAGCCGACAGCUUCGUCCACCGCCGACCCCAACUUCAGCCCGAGCAUCAAACUCCAGUGGGUUAGUCUAUCGGCCGCAUCAGUGCUGGUCCAGAUCCCUAAACCGUACAGCAAGAUGUACGUCCUCGUCCAAUACAACCAGACCUUCCACUCCGACGUCCAAAACCUCAAGGAGAAGAAAGAGAAGGUGACGCUGGUGGACCUCAAACCACACACCAACUACACCUACUGCGUCGUGUCGAUAAGUAAAAACCAGCGCUUCAACCACACAUGCCUGUCCUUUGCCACGAGAGCCGCGGGCCCGGAUGACCAUCGUGCCAGCCCAUCGACCAUGACGCACUACAUCAUGACGAUACUUGGGUGUCUCCUUGGGAUGGUCAUCGUGCUGGGGCUCGUCUACUACUGCCUGAGGAAGCGUCGGAUGCAGGAGGAGAAGGAGAAGGCGAUUAGCGUGAAGAAGACAAUCUUGGAGAUGAGGUAUGGCCCGGAAGCAGCGGCACAGGUGUCCAAUGAUCCUGCAGCCAUGCAGCGUCUCCAAGAGCAGGCCCAAAACCAGGGACACCACGGAGGUCACCUCCACGGAGGAGGUGGUGGUGGUAGUAAAUUACCCCCCUCUGCCUCCUCCAGCUCUGGGAUGCUCCACGGGUCAGCAAACACCACCUCCUCCCGCCUCUCGACGCUCCCCCAAGUGGAGAAGAUGGCCUCGGCAUUUGGUGAAGCUAUGGCGACCAGUAAAGGAAACUAUAUGGACGUGAGAACUGGGGGAGGAUUAUCGGGAGAUGGGGGAGGGAUGAUAAUGCGAGGCGGAGGUGGAGAGUCGGCACAGGUGGACAUGCGAAGCGUCAGCGGUCGCGGUGAGGACGGAGCCGGCGUCGGCGACGACUCGGACGAUGACGACGACGGACACGGCUCUGCAUCGGAGAUCUCAACGAUCGCGAUGGAGGUUGACAAAGUCAACCAGAUAAUUAACAAUUGCAUCGACGCCCUCAAGCUGGACACCCUUGUCUCUCCGACGACGUCUGGCGAUAACCCGACUCCUCCUCCGCCUGCAUGUGUCACCUCCCUGUCCCGCAACCUCAUCCCCCUCUCCCAAGGCGUUGCUGACACCUGCCAGAUUCUCGCCUCCUCCCCUAAAAUCCACGCCCCCUAUGCUCCCCCUGCGAUGACUCCCGUCCCACUCGUCAUGCCCCUUUCAGAGCGCCCCGGCAUCAGCGGAGGGGGGUUUCUUUCUCCGCCUUACAGGGACCCGCCCCCGGCUAACGCCGUCCGUCCAUUACAGAGGCAGCUGAGUGACACAGGAGUGGUGGUCAUUGGCGCUGGGAAGAACCGAUGUAGCGUGUCCUCGGCCGGGGGCUCCAUGAAGAGCACCAGGGUCUUCAGUCUGGAUGUGCCAGAGCCCCGAAGCCCAGGGCCCAACUCUUGCCCGCCGUACCCAGAGAAAGGUAGCCCGGUUGGGUGUGGGGAGACCGUGGAGAGGCUCCCCCUGGUGGGUGGAAAUGGAAGUGGCGUGGGAGGGGUUUGCGGUGGUAGUGGUGGUGGCGGUGGUGGAAACGGGAUGGGUUGUGGUGGCGGCAAUGUAAUGGGAGGCGGGGUUAAUGGAGGCGGGGUGAAUGUCAAUGGAGGAGGGGUAGGUUGUGGAGCUGGAGGCGGAGUCGGGGGAGGUGGAAAUGCGGGUAAGCAGCAACAGCAUCAUCUUAAAGUCCACCCAGAUUAUCACUGCUCAGAGCACCGGCACUCCUUCCCCGCGCUUUACUACGAGGGGGCCAACGACUCCCCCUCUCCCUCCGCAUCCCAGAAGGCCUCCUUUCUUAAACCCCUGGGACGUACCAAGAGGGACCCUGCUGCCUACUCCCAGCUCUCCCCCUCCCGUCACCAGAACUACUCCGGCUACUCCUCCAGCCCAGAAUAUUCCUCGGAAAACACCUUGAGGAUCUGGGAGAGGUUUCGGCCGUACAAAAAGAGUCCCCGUGAUCCUCGUGAAGAGGCCUCAUACAUUGCCGCGGGUCACGCCUUGCGGAAGAAGGUUCAGUUUGCAAAAGAUGAGGACCUCCACGAUAUCCUUGACUACUGGAAAGGAGUUUCUGCCCAGCAGAAGCUGUGAGAGAUGAGGAUGAGCCACCCAGAGGAAGACAUACAGAAGACCCCCACCGCCUCCAUCAGCACCUCCCCUCCUUCCUUCCGAAGGCCUCGUCGUGCUCCGGCCCGUUCCGGGUGCUCCGAUAAGG